CUCAUUUUAUCCCUUUUAAAAGAAACUUAUCAGUCUUUGGGGAUACAAGGAAAAGUUUCUUAUUUUUCAAAAAAUAAUCAUUUCAAAUACAUCGAUGCCUUGCCACAAAGAAGUCCCAACAUUAGAGACAUUAUGUCUUGGUGCUGUUGGUUCCGUGGUCGUAGCAUUGGCCCCAUCGAUUUUAUCCUCGAUUAAUGUAUAUUGCGAACCUCAGGCUACAUUACAAAAACAACUGGAUAAAUUAGCUACGGUUUUAUCAACGCACGUCCCGUUUUAUUUACACGAUGCGAUGUCCGUUGAAGUUUUAAAUUCAGUUAAAGCACUUAUCGAAAAAACAAAAAAAUCUUAUUUCCCUCACAUUUCAAUGAACGCUUUUAUGACCGAAAUGAAUGUUGUCGUGAGUUUAACGGAAGUUGUGUUAAAUCAUCGUUUAAGACACAUUGAUUUUUCGUUAUGGCCGAAAAUAAUGAGAUAUGUGCUUUAUAAAAAUUUAUAUAAAUUAUCUGGAAUGGAAGUUUUAAAUUUGGGUUCUUGUACUGGUGGUUGGAGAACGAGCGAUCACGAUCGAUUUAUAUUACAAGGUAUCGGAAAUAUGAAGAAUUUGAAAUCUUUGUGUUUAUGUUUUGAUUGUACCGACGGUGUCAUACAAAUUAUAGGAGAAAAUUGUCCUAAUUUGCAAUGUUUAGAUGUUACAUCUUCGGGUUCGGUUACCGAUAGAUGCGUUUCUUCUUUAUUAAAAUGUACCGAAUUAAGAGAAUUACAGCUCUAUCGAACAUCAAUAACCGUUGGUGGCUUCGCCGAAAUUCUAAUUAAUUUAACAAAAUUACAAGAUAUCGGUAGAUACGAUGAAAUCGGAAAUGUAAUUCGUUACAUUUACACGAAUUAUCCUAAAUGUAGGCCUUUAGGGUUGAAAAAAUUUCAAACUCGUGAUUUAAUAACCGAAAAUUUAAGGCUUCUCGUUGAGUUAUUUCCAAAAAUUGAAUCGAUUAGUUUAUUUCACGACGAACAAUUUUCCGAUUUAACCGUUUUAACAGCUUUAGAUAACCUAAAAGACCUAAAAUUAUUAUCUUGCAAUUUUUACACCGAUUAUUUAAAACAGCUAAUGGAAAUUAAAGGUCAAAAUUUAACGAGCUUACAUUUAGAGCAUGUAGAAGAAAUUGAUUUAGACGCAAUUUUUGCUUUAAGCAAAUUUUGCCCUCAAUUAAAAAGUCUAGUCUUGUAUAAUUGUGAUUUUUUAGACCAACUCGUUCCGUCAAAUUCUAUUAAUAUAAUUAGACCGUUUAAACACCUCGAACGGUUAUUUUGGGUAGUCGAUUGUGCUAGGAUUCAUCUAGAAGUUUUAUUAAUGAACGCCGUUAAUAUCAAAUACGUCCAUUUAGGUUCUUCGACUGGGAUAACUCAUAACUCGAUCGUAAAGAUUAUUUCGGCGGGGUCGUUUAAAAAAUUAGAAGAACUCAGGAUUUUGUAUAGCGUCGAUAUGAAUUUAAAAACGGUUAAUUUGUUAUUGGAGAAUUGCCCGAAUUUAAAAGUUUUAUCCGAAUUGGAGAGUUGGCAAGGGUUAUCUUUCGAUGAAUUGAAAACUUUAAGGUCUAAUAUUGCUUCGAGUAAUUUUAAUUUAGAUAUAAGACCUACUUUAUCUUAUUAUUAAUUUUAAAAAAAAGAUUCUAUUUGUCCAUUUAAAGGCCUAUUAUUAAUUAAUUAAUUUAAUAUUCGAAAAAUUAG